AUCAUAUUAAUGUCAUCUGAAAUGGAAAUGAUUAUUACAGAGGGAAAGCAGAUCCACAGAAGAAAUACUAAGCAUGUCAGAAAGCCGUCCCCACUUGAGGAGCGUUAUUUGGAUACUCCAACGCAUGCAAAAAAUACUAAUUCUCUGUUCACCACACAGAAGUUCAAUAAUCAAAUAUCAGAUUUUCCUGCAAGGCAGAGAAGCACAUCAGGAGAAAUAAAUAUCCAGAUUAAUGAAUCUGAGGAAGCUAAAGAACCAGCGAGACAUGCGAGAGUCACUUCAAAUCAGAACCAGCUCAGUGGAUUUGACAUUAGAAGUAACAUUAACUUGAACCUCAGUGACCCCAGAAAUGGAACUAUCUUGACUUCAAACCUAUCAUACAUGUCAAUGCUUUCUGAGAACAACGAGAUCAGCAAUCUUGCAAGAGGGUUGGCCAAUGCAAAUAUAAAAGUUCGUGAAAAGACUUUUAUCUUCGAUAAUGCCGACAAGAUCUUCAGCCAGAAAGACCCUCUUCCUCCUAAAAUGUGGCAAGAAGGGGAGAGAUGUACUCUAUGUAGCACAAAGUUCAAGAAGUUGAGAUCAUCACAGAAGGUAUCUCAGCAUUCUGUUAAUUUCAAGUUUAAACAUGAGAAUUGCCAGCUCUGUGGUGAAGCCUUCUGUAAGACCUGUGUCACUACAAAGAUUAUAAUCAAAUCCAAAAAGGAAAAUGAAACAAAAUGCGUCAUGUGUAAGAUUUGUAGUGCCAAAGUCAUCAUGAGGGAAGGUGUCCUUGAUAAUAUCAGGAAGAUCGAAAUAUAUGAUGAAGAAAUAGAAAGACAUCUGAAGCAAAUUCCAAAAAUCGAAAAACAGGUGACAGAAACCAAUCAGAACUGGGACAGGCUUAAAGAAUCGAGGAAGAAUAAUAAAUUAUACUUUAAAAAGGAAAAUUUUAAGCAGAAGUGUAAAAUUGAUGAGAUCAAUGUAUUGAUCGAGGAUCAAGGGAUUAGCUUGAAGGCAUGCUCUGAAGUGGAAGAUAAGAUCACCAAGGAAAAUUACCACCUUGAAAAAGACUUACAAGAGAUCAAUAAAGAAAUUGAAGAAUAUGAACUAAUGGUAACUUUGGUAGCUAUUCAGUAGAUAUCUGAUGCAAUAACUGAAAUCGAACUCAAAAAUCAAGAGAUCGAGAAAAUACAACAGGAAAAUAAUGCUAAGAGGAACGAAAUCGUUGAGUUAAAGAGAAGUAGUGAAACCAAGAUAACUCUUGCAGAUACUGAGAAAGUUGCAGUUCCACAGAAACAACCUCCGACUCCUAUCAAAGAAGACAGUGAACCAGCAAUGUCUAGUUACCAGUCAAGUCAAUUCAAGGGCUCGGUCAUAUCCAAAAAUAGAGAAGUUACAUUUAAGCAAGAGAGGCCCAAGGGAUGAACCAAUU